ACCCAGAGCCAAUCAAAUGGCCGCUGCUGCUUCUAUUGGUAAAACUUUCUGGUCAAUCAGAAGCAGAGGAUCGAAUACGUCAGCUAACUAUUGGAGCACUCGGUAGUCGUGAAUGGGACGAAAAAACGCGAACAAAAAAAAUAAUUGCAUCUCAAAAGUGGUGUGUGGCGCUGGUGGAAAUAUAAACAAAUAACUGGACAACGCAUUCCACGUGUGCGUGCGUAUCGUUUGGCAUCGGAAUCGCGUCGUUUUUCGGAAGUGUCAAAAAUCUCGACUAGUGGUAAGCGCUCGCUAAUUAAUUAUCUCGCGUAAAGUAGUGCAACAAGCGUCGAUUCGGAUCGUCGUCCGUCUGCAGCAGCAGCAGCAGCAGCGGAAGGGAGAAGCCAAAUAAUAACAUAACAAAGAUGUCGGACAACGCAUCCCAAGCACCGGAGAAGAUGAGCGAAGCUCAGCGCAACAUCGAGGAGUUCUGGCCGGAGGUGACGCGCGAAAUGCAACAAAUAAAACACGUCGAACCGGGCAAUCAGCUUCUUCCGCUGGCCCGCAUCAAAAAGAUCAUGAAGCUGGACGAAGACGUCAAGAUGAUCUCAGCCGAGGCGCCCCUUCUGUUCGCUAAAGCGGCGGAAAUGUUCAUCCAGGAGUUGACGCUGCGAGCCUGGCUCCACACGGAGGACAACAAACGGCGAACCCUGCAGCGUAGCGAUAUUGCCAUGGCAAUCGCCAAGUACGACAUGUUCGAUUUCCUGAUCGACAUCGUGCCGAGGGAUGAAAUCAAACCGUUGCGAAGGGAUUGUGAGACCAAGUCGUCCACGGAUGACGUCCAGUAUUAUCUGCAGCUUGCGCAGCAGCACCAACAGGCACUGCAGAGUAGUAGUAGUACUACUGGUGGUGGCGUAAGUGUGAACAGUAAUUGUGUUGAGAGCAGCAGUAGCAAUUCGGGAAAUGGUACCAAUGCUGGAAAUAUUGUGCAGUUGCAAGCUACCCCUGGUGUGACCCAACAAAUCACGGUUGCGGCUUCGCCCCAGCAGCCUCAGCUGCAAGGCCAGUCCAUGCACCAGCAAACUCCGCAGUAUUCGCAGAUCGCAACGAUUGCGUCAGCAGCGCCGAACAUAAUUCUGACGAGUCCCGCCACUGGCACUACGACUAUGCAACCCGCAGGAGCAACCGUCAUCAAUCCGGCUCAGCUCACUCAAGGUCAACCGAUUCAGCUGGUGCAGCAAAUGAUUACCCCUACGGGGGAGGUAACCCACAUCCCUAUCCCACUGAAUCAAAACCAGCUUAAUUUCAUCCGGUCCCAGAUUCAGUUGAGCGGGACAAGUGGUGCGACGGCGGUUCCAAACCACCAACCGAUCAUCAUUCAAGCACCUCAACUGCAGGCGAUUACCACCAUCAUUCAGCCAAAUCAGGCGGGAGGACUGAUUAACGCCGCCCAGCUGCAGCAGUUGCAGCAACAACAACAGCAACAACAUCCUCAUGCUCACAUAAUUCAACAAUCACCUGUCCAUCAUCAUCAUCAUCUCCACCAUCAAACCCAUCAGCAACAGCAACCGCAUGAAUGAUAGGAGGAUAUCUCUACAAGGUAUUCUUUAUUUCAUUUUUUAAUUUCAAUGUAAAUAGUAUUUUAUAAACCCCGUUGGAGAUAGGAUGUCUACUAACAUAACCGCUAGUUAAGAAAUAAAUCGUAAGAAGAAUCGAAUCCAUCUACUCAGGGCUAUGUUAGUGAGUAUCACCGCCCAACGAUCGCUACUGAGCAAUUCCAAAUGAAAUCGACAAAUGACAAAACCUGAUUAUUUUUUUUUUUUUGGGUAGAAGAAAGUUUGUUUUCCGCUGGGGUUCGAGGAAAUAUGAGUUUUCCACAGCAAUUGGGAAUUUGUUGACUCAAGUGUAACUUUUGAAAAGGGCGUAUCGAUU